AUGGAAGAAAUCGAAGAACUUCGCCGAAGGUUGCAGUUGGCAGAAGAUCGUGCCCAAGAGGAACAACGCCUUCGCGAAGAGGAACAACGCCUUCGCGAAGAGGAACAACGCCUUCGCGAAGAGGAACAACGCCUUCGCGAAGAGGAACAACGCCUUCGCAAAGAGGAACAAUAUCGACGCAAAGCCGUCGAAAGACUUACCGCAGCAUCGCAACCGCAGCGACUGCAGCAUUACCUCGAGGGGUGUCACGCACUCCAUCUUGCCGGCAGGGUGAUCACGGACCCUACGCUGACGACCCAAGGAGAGACGACAAACCCAGCAGGCCGCAUCUUCCCUAGACGAAUCACGCCCUGGAACGACUUUGCGGCAAGGCAAGAGCAGAUUUGGAGCCGCAUCUCGACCUGCACCUCCUUCUCCGAACCGGCAUUUCCCUCUCAGCAUCAGCUCGAUUACGUCAAGUCCCUGCUCAAACCCAUUAGCAGUGAGCUUGGGCUACGCGACUUCGAACAGUUGACUGUUGAAAGCGCCGUCGAGAAACUGGUGGCCCAAGCGUAUGCCGAUCCAUCGACGCGAAACCGUCUCGGCCUCCGAGGGACGGUCAUAUUCGAGAGCCAUACGAAUCUCGGCACGAGCGAUGAUGUGAUAUCCGAUCGCAUGGAACAGAUGUCACUCGACGGUGGCACCGCCAGAUCCACCCCACCGGUUGCUGCAUCGCGCCCGUCAGCUCCGCGAGCCCGCCGCCGAGCCAGGGGCAAGGGGAAUCGAGCGGACCAGUUUUGCAUGUACAGAGUCUCCGACGGCGAGAAAUUCCCCGCCUUGGCCAUCGAGUACAAGGCGCCGCACAAGCUGAGCGUCGACGAGAUCGUCACGGGCCUCGAGUGCGAGAUUCGGCCGGAGCGCGACGUCAUCAACAAGGAUGGCCAGGGUUUCGACUUUACCGCCAAGCGGCUUUCCGCCGCCGUCGUCACCCAACUCUUCUCCUACAUGGUUGGCAAGGGCAUACAGUAUGGGUAUGUGUGUACCGGUCGGGCCUUUGUCUUCCUUCGCAUCCCGAGCGAUCCAUCCGUCGUCUACAUUUCGGUCUGCGUCCCCGGCUUGGAUGUGAUGGAUGAUGACGAGACGAGGCUCCAUCGCACAGCCGUCGCGCAGGUUUUUGCCUUUACCCUCCAAGCUCUCGGGGAAGAACCACCACCGGCGGCGUGGCAUGACAAGGCAGAGGCGCUCGGGACUUGGGCUGUCGAGUACGACGAUAUUCUAAGGAACAUUCCCUUGUCGGAGCGCAAGCGCAAGGAACCGCGCGCGUCUCCCUACAAGCCACAGCGCUGGAAGGGAUUCCACCGAUCGCCCAUACGAACCCGCUCCUACUGCCGGCCGACGCAUGCCAGUGCUGAGCAGCCAGAGGACAACGACGAAGACCCUCCUUCCCCUACUCCGAGCCCAUCCCGCGCUGCUGGAAAAUCUCGGGCACCGGCAGCCGGCUCUGGUGCGGGGAUGCGUGGGCAACGCAAACAUGAGCAGCAGCAGCAGCAGCAGCAGCAGCGGUCGAGUUCGAAGCCGGAGCCAGGCAUACAAAGUCGGCCUUUCUGCACUCAGCGCUGUCUCUUCGGGUUGGCAUACGGCGGAGCUGCCGACGAGCAUUGCCCCAACGCGGGCUACCACAAGCAGGCGCGCAUCGACCGACUUGACUUUCUCCGACUCAUCCGAGACCAGCUUGCCACAGACCGCGGUCCCGACGCGGAUUGUACGCCGCUCCAUCGAUCCGGCUCACGCGGGUCGCUGUUCAAAGUCCGCCUAUCAUCGCACGGCUAUACGCUCGUUGCCAAAGGUGUAGAGAGUCUAGACGCAGCCUGCCUGCAACACGAGAUUGAGAUGUACAAUCGACUCCAGCCCAUUCAGGGCCAACACGUCCCUGUAUGCCUCGGCAGCGUGGACUUGGUGCGGCCAUGCUACUAUGACAGCGGUGUGUACAAGCACUUUAUGUUUCUUAGCUGGGCAGGAGAGCCACUGUUUCAUUAUACCAGCGGCGGCAUUGAUCCGGGUAUUGAAAACGCCGCCACUGCGAUUUUCAAGGCAAUGCACAAGCUGCGCGUCCUUCACCGCGACGCCGAGCCACGCAACAUGCUGUACAAUGCAGAGACGGGGAGGCUUAUGGUUGUGGACUUUGAGCGCGCGGAAUUCCGUCAACGCGAUCCGCUUGGGGUUAUAGUCCCCAAUGUCCAGAGGCGAAGACGGAAGCGCGGGGCGGCAGAGAGGAAAACGGAGGAAGACUUUGCCAGAGAGCUGAAGUCUGCUGUAGACGGGGCUUCAAGAUUUGCGUGUUAG